UUUAUCUAUUUAUUGUAAACAAAUAAUACUGAAAAAAAAAGGGGAAGAUCAAAUAAUUCAUUAAUUAAAUAAAAUCAAUUUAUUGACUGUCAACAAAAAUUGCACUCAGGUGUGUAAUUAAAAAUAUAUAUUUAAUAAAAAAAAAAAUUUUAAUAUUAAUGUGUCCAAUAUAAAAUAUGAAUAUAUUAGAACCAAUAAAUAAUACAACUGAAAUAUUGAGCUCCAAAAUGAAGGAUGUUAUUGACGUAAUGGCAAUGCAACGUGAAAUGAGAAGUACUUUACAAAAAAGUAUUACAAUUGAUUAUAAAAAUUUCAAUGAUGAUUUUACUGUUGCAAGAUUUAUUUUUGAGUGUGGUAUUAAAUUGGAAGCUAAUCCAUUGACAAUUUCAACAGCAGCAACACUUUAUCAUCGUUUUAUUCGUGAAAUAAAUCCACAAAAUUAUGAUUUAUACUUAAUAGCAUCGACAUGUUUAUACCUUGCUGGUAAAAUUAAAGAUGAUAAUAAAUUAAUUAAAAUACGUGAUAUAAUGAAUGUAUCAUCAAAUACACUUCAUCGUGGUUCACAACCAAUGGAACUUGGUGAUCAAUAUUGGAGUGUACGUGAUGCAAUUAUACAAGCUGAAUUGUUAAUAAUAAGAACAUUAAAAUUUGAAGUUACACCUGAUCAUCCACACAGAUAUAUGGUACAUUAUUUGAGAUCAUUACAAGCAUGGUUUGGUGAUGAUGAAUGGUCAAAAUAUCCAGUUGCUAAAACAAGCAUGGCAUUGUUACAAGACUUUCAUCAUUCAUCAGCAGUACUUGAUUAUCCACCAAAUAUUAUUGCAAUUGCUUGUAUUAAUUUAACUCUACAAAUUUAUGGUGUUGUUGUACCAUUAAUGGACGAGUGUGAUCAAUUUCCAUGGUUCAAUGUACUUUGUAAAGAUUUAACACGUGAAAAAUUAUGGGAAGUUAUGGAAAAAAUUAUGUCGUCGUAUGAUCAAGAGCCAGAAACACGUGACAGCUGUUGAAAAAUAUAAAAAAUUGAAUUUAAAAAUAAAAAUAUAACACUACAAUUCUCAUGAAAUAAAUUAAAAAUCAAAUAAAAUA